CAUUUUGGUGAGUCCUGUGUGGAUUCGCCAUGAUUCGCAAUGGCCGUGGAACUUCGCAGGCUCUGGGUCCCAUGGGUGCCGCGGUGGCUGCAUCAGUGAGUGCUGCGGCCCCGUUGGCAAAAAAACUGACCUUCGAGGUCCUCAACUUGGUGACGCAGAGUCUUCCUCUUCUGCCCGCGGCCAGAGGAGCUGCGGUGGGCGCAGUCUUGUGCGCAAUUACCCUGCCAAUCACCAAGUGCUUCCGAAGCACAAUGAACUUGCCUUUGCCCGGAAACAUCUACAAGGCAUAUGGCUCAAACUUUUUGAAGGAUGUGAUCUAUGGAGCGCUUCGAGCCAAGAUCUCGGCCUUGCUGCUGAAACAUUUAAAACUGAACCCGGCCAACGCAACCACGGGCGCUGCUAUUGUGGACAUGUUUGCCAUUGUUGUGGCAGCCUGCGUCUCAUCGGCGGCAGCCAAUCCACGGGAGGUUUUUUCAAAGCUUCGGGAGCGCGCGACAGAUGCCCCUCCCCGACAAGAGGAUGUGCCCAUGCCGCGGUGGAUUAACCCAGGUGAUCCCUUACCUCCAACAUCAGUUUGGGAGAAACAUAUCGACACAGGUAGCUACAUAUGCUUUCCCAUCAAGGAGAAUGAGGAGAAUCAUCAACACAGCCCUCGCAGAGUAGAUGCCUCAACCAGCCCUCGCAGAGUAGAUGAAAGGGGGCGACUUGUUCCUUUGGAUCUGCGUAAACGUUCUAGAGGACCGCGACCGCGACCAAAGGAUGAGUCCCUUCUCAAGAUAUUUGCCGCGUCAACUCCGUGGGCAAUGGCAAUGCCCGACAUGCCGUUAGAAAAACCUUGGAAACCGGACAAGGACCGGUUCCUUUCGAGGAAACAGUGGAGAUGGCCCGUUCGUUGAAGGUGCCAUGGUGAUGUGAAGACUCAAUAGCCAUCACCGCCAGAUGAGUUUCACCCGUGCUGACCGUUGAUUCAACAGGGUCCAGAGCUCACCUGCUGUGCGAACCACAGACAUCCACAGACCAUGCAGAGAAAAAA